AUGUUAAUCAAGACAUUACAACGACAGCACUUGCUUUCGCUCAUGACUUUUAAUCUACUUGCACCAUGUUAUUUUCGACAUGGCGGAAGGGUUGAGAGUACCGACAAGAAGUCUUUUCUCUCUCGUGCACAAGCUGCGAUUGAUGCGAUUAAGCGUGAGCAAUGUGAUAUUAUUUGUCUCCAGGAGUUUUGGUUUAAUCACGAGUACCAGUGCGCGUUUCGACAGGCUUUUGAGACAACACAUUAUGUACAUACAGCUAAAAGACCAGGUAAUAAUAAAGAAGAUGGACUAGCGAUGUUUGUAAAUAGACGCAAAUAUGAGCUUCAUUAUGUGGAGAAUGUCGACUUGGUCGACGAUGCCGGUGAUCGUGUUGCACUGCUCAUGCACAUGGCUACUAAAUGGAACCGUGAUAGUGCACGUUUGCCGCAACGAUCCUUUAUUGUGGUUAAUUCACAUUUGACUUUCCCACAUAGUCACAUGUAUGCAAGUCUACGACUCAAUCAGAUUGAUCGCGUACUCGCUGCCGUGCGAAAGUACGUAGCUCGUCAGGAACUAUACGACGUACCCGUACUGCUUUGUGGAGAUUUUAACGACUAUGACGAUCCAGUGUAUAGGCUAGUGACUAGAAACGGCUUUGCGAGCAUAUUUGCUCAUCUGCAUGGCCGAGAAGCUAGGAUCACACACUGCAAUCACAAUAACAGAGAGGUGGGUGUCGAUUUUAUCUUUGGAGCUCGACUUCAGAGUGUAGCAGAUGUUGGGGAGACUUCUGCCACGUCGACACUACGACGACACGCGGAGUUAUCGCUUAGUGAUGAUGAUCAGCCUAGGAUCGGUGAGCCAAGACUACAGCUGCAGCCCAUGGGCUGUCAUCUUGUCCCGAGGGGAUUACCCGAUGUCGUGAGAUUAAAGCGACCUCAAUUUGGACAUGAUUGGGAUCAUGUGAAGUCGCCAGUGCUACUCAGUGACGAGGAACAGCUUGUGGAUUAUUGGCGGAUGGUGUCGGACCAUCGGCCGCUUGUAGCAACCUUUGGAAUGCAAGGUUACACGACACGAUCCCAAUGGAUGUGGCAACCGACGGCCUUACUCCGUAAAAAAGUUAAUGAUGCGUGCCUACCGAUGGUAUAG